GUUAUUCAGCUCCCCCAAGCCGGCUAUGCAAGCCUCAAGGCGCGGAGCACCAUCCUGGACUAUGGCGAGCUGCUGGGCAACGCAUUCGGGCCGCUGCUGAAGUUGGUCUUGGACAAGCCACAAUCGGAGGCCUUUCAACGGCUCGGGGAUCUUCUGAGCAAUACCGUGGCCUUCGAGGUCUCUGCGUCGGACGGGGGCAGCGAGCCCUUGACGACAGAGGUCUCGCGCGAGCCGAGCGACUGGAGUGAUGGGUCCUCACCUGCUUUUGCGUAUCAGCUCUACCAUGUCUGGGCACGCUUGCGAGGCCUCAACCAUGCCUGCGCGCAGGCCAAGAGGAAGGAGUUCGAGCUGCGAGCCUCAGCCUCUGGCGCUGAGGGUCUCGCCUGUGCGUACAUGCUUGGAGCGAACUCCGUCUCCGGGUGCGCAUCCCUCGCCUCGCAUGCUCCUCUGCAGUAUCUCUUCAUGCUCGAUCGCAUCGGUGCUCAGGUGUCGCUUUGCUCGCAGCGGUCCUUGGGUGGUGUCGGCGAGGCGGGGGCUGCGGCGCUGGACGCCCUCUUUCGAAGCGGCGUCCGCGUGGCGCUGUGCAGCGAGGAUCCCACCGUCUCACACCAGGGCGACGAUCCUUUGGGUCAGGAGUUUGGCCUUGCCCGGCGAUUGCUCAACCUUGGUGCAGCGGAUGCGGCUGAGCUCUGCCGCAACUCCCGACUGCUCUCCGGUUUCGAAGCCCUGCGGAGCGAUUCUGCGGAAGGCGACGAGGAUGAUGCCGCAGGCAGCCGCCGUGUGCGGGAGCGCUUUCGCCAGGCGAGGCGGAGGGAGGAGUUUGCUUUCCUCACACGCCUGAUCCCAGAGAAAGACCAGGGCGACUUCUGA